AUGGCUCUCCUCCAUGACGCCGUAGAGUACUUGCAGCAAGCGGUGGCUUUCGAUGAUAAGGACGGCCACACGUGGGAGGAGCUGGCGUACUGCUACCUCAUGAUCAACGACCUCCAGAACUCGUACACGGCGUACCAACACGCGCUGUACCACAUACAGAACCCGAAGGACGCGCGUCUAUGGUACGGCAUAGGGCUCUUGUACGACUGCUACGGCAGCUACGGCCACGCAAUCGAGGCGUUCGACGCCUGCCUAAAGAUGGAUCCCAACUUCGAGCUGGACCACGAGGUCCGAUUCCGGGUCGGCAUCAUCAACAAGCAGCAGGGCAAGCAUGACGAGGCACUGUUGAUUCUUCACGAUGUCCUGCAGGCGGUGAACGACCCGGCCUGGUGCGGGGACAUCUGGUCGCAAAUCGGACACGUUUACGAGCUCAAGCGAGAGAUCAAGCUGGCCAAGAACGCUUACGUGAAGGCGCUGGAGUACAACAAGAACCACGCAAAGGCUUUGCAGCAGCUGGGCUGGCUCCACUACAAGGACGAGGAUGACUUCCGCUCUGCCAUCGAGUACCUCAAACGGGCCUCCGAGAUAGAUCCUCAGGAGGGACUAGGCUGGUACUUGCUGGGGCGCUGCUACAUGGCAGCCCAUAAGCACGAACUGGCAUACGCUGCGUACGAGCAAGCCGUCAACUGCGAUCCGAAUAACCCGAACGUCUGGUGCUCCUUGGGGGUGCUCUACUACCAGCUGCACCAGAACAGAGACGCAUUGGACGCGUACACGAGGGCGAUCAAGCUGGACCCUCACCUUUGCGAGGUGUGGUACAACGUGGGGACGUUGUACGACAGCUGCAUAUCAGACCACGGAUGCACUGGACGCUUACAAGAAGGCCGCGGAACUUGGCGCCAGCGGGGGAUUCAUCCACGAGCGCAUAACGGCCCUCAUGAAGAAGAUGAACAUCUCUGGCGGUAG